CCCCAGAGUCCCUGGCGGUAGGUCUACGGCAGACAAAGAGGCCAGUUUAAGGGACGUGGCCCCAUUCCGCUACGCUUUUGUUCUAAAGGAAUCUCAAGGUUCCCACGAGAAACAUGCACCCAAGUAGAGACCGGGGUUAGUCGUUGUUUCCGCUUUCCAAACUCGGAAUCGGAGACGCUCUGCAAAAGAGGCGAGCGGAUUUCAGUGCGCAAAGGAACGCGCGAGCAUGGACACUCCUGGGAAAACUAUAAAAUGCAAGGCUGCUGUCGCCUGGGCAGUAGGGAAGCCGCUUUCUAUUGAAGAGGUGGAAGUUGCCCCUCCAAAAGCUCACGAAGUCCGUGUUAAGGUAAUAGCCACAGGGAUAUGUGGAACUGAUGACCAUGUUCUGACAGGCUCUUUCCCUAAAGUCAAUUAUCCUGUCAUUCCUGGGCACGAAGGAGCUGGAAUUGUAGAGAGCAUAGGUGAAGGAGUGACUUGCAUGAAGCCAGGAGACAAAGUUAUCCCUCUUUGUCUGCCUCAGUGCGGAGAAUGCGCCUCGUGCUUGAAACCUAGCACCAACUGUUGCCUAAAAACCCACCUUCUUGAGCCACAGAAUCUAAUGCCAGACAAAACCAGCCGAUUCACCUGCCAGGGGAAGUUAGUUCACCACUUCCUUUGGAUCAGCACUUUCUCAGAAUAUACAGUCAUGCCUGACUCAACCGUUGUUAAAAUUGAUGAUGGUGCCCCUCUGGAUAAAGUCUGUCUUUUCGGCUGUGGAUUUUCCACUGGGUAUGGGGCUGCCCUCAAUACAGCCCAGGUCACGCCAGGCUCCUCCUGUGCUGUCUUCGGUUUGGGAGGAGUUGGUCUUUCUGUGGUCAUGGGAUGCAAAGCAGCUGGAGCUUCGCAGAUCAUUGGGAUUGACAUUAACAAAGACAAAUUUGUAACAGCAAAAGAACUGGGAGCCACAGAAUGCCUUAAUCCUCUGGAUUACAAGAAGCCAAUUCAGGAAGUGCUGGUUGAAAUGACAGGUCACGGUGUUGACUAUGCAUUUGAGGUUGUUGGGUGUUUGGAUACGUUGACAGCUGCUCUAGCGUCCUGUCACAUGGGCUGCGGAGUCUGCGUGAUGGUUGGUGUGCCUCCUUUAGGCUCUAGGCUCUCCUUCGAUCCUAUGCUGCUUUUUACAGGACGCACCUUGAAAGGGAGCUUCAUUGGAGGAUGGAAGAUGAAAGAUUCUAUCCCUCAGCUGGUAUCCAGUUACAUGGAGGGGAAAUUUAAGCCAGAUACUUUAAUAACCCACACCUUGCCAUUCAGCAAGAUCAGCGAAGGAUUCAAUUUGCUUCAUGCAGGGAAGAGCAUUCGUAUUGUCUUGGUGUUUUGAGUUGCUGGCUUGCUGAAGCUUCCCAAAUGCCUUCAGUCUGGAACGUCUCAGAAAGAAUUCUCUCUCUUCCAAAUGUGGUUGCUUUUUAAAAACAAACAAAACCAAAUACACUAUAAAAAUUGCUGGCAAAUGA